GAAGGAAAGAGCUCAAGAGGGGGAGGCUUGGGGUUGCCAAGCAAGGUAGGGGAGAGACAGCUGGGACAAGGCCCUCAUUGUACCGAGGCCACACGCAGCUCCCAGGCAGGCCAGGCAUCUGCCUGCCUCCCAGGACCUGGGACUAGAAUUCCACUUGGCCUUUCCCACCCAAGCUACUUAGCAACCCGCAUCCCAGCCGGCCUGGAAGAGCGCAGCGCGUGCUCAGAUCUGAGUCCUGCCUCUGCUGAGAGGUCCUCCUGGAGGCACAGCCUCCGCUUCGCCUCCUCCCAAAAGCAGGGGGAGGCGGGGAUGUGGGUCGAUGGCGGUGAAGUGGGCUGGCGGGGACCAGCACCCAGGGUCUGUCAGACCUGCGGCCGCGUGGCCUUGGCCAAAAUGUGAUCACAAACCCUGCUUGCCUGGAAGGUUGAUAUCUGCAGACAUGGGCGGGGCACACAAAAGCACUUUGCAUGGUCACCUGGCCGCAUGGGGUUCAGUCCCCGGCAGGUGAUCCCAGAAGCCUUGGCCCCCCCACGAAGAAGGACCAUCAGCCCCAGCCCCCCCAGCUGCGCCCAGCCCAGCCCUCCUGUGCUCCGGAGGCAGGCGGCAGGCGGCCAUUGGAGGCUUCCUGACAAGUGUGGGGGCACCGUUGUUGCCCCAGCCCCUGUCCCGCGGUUCCUCCUCCAGGUCCGGCCCGACGGUCCCAGAAGGCCCUGCCUGGGUGACGGGGCGUGAUGGGUGGGCCGCAUCACCAAGCAAGGGCGAGCAGCUCAGGUGACAGGCCUGGUGUCGGAGGCUCCUGCGCCGGCACCUGACACCUCGUGCGGACAAUGCGGGCUGUGUCUGGCCGUCCAGGGGACGGGCCGCAUCUGUGUCACAGCCAGGAAACAGGCCACUGAGGAGCGCCUUUGUCUGCUCAGGAGGCAGCCCCGCCACCGGCCAGGAUGGCCAGGCUCCCCGGGGGCCCUGACGCGGGAAGGGGUGGUGCCCUGGCCCGGGGACUCCAGGGUUUGAGGUCCAGCCCCUGAGCGUCUGGUGUUGGCCCAGCCACCACUGGGUGUGACUUGGGCCAGUGCCUUCCCUCGGGACUCCUCAUCUGUAAAGGGACUAACCACAGCACUUCCUCUUAGGGUUGUUGGGAGGCGUCGAUGGCGGAAUCCCCGGGGACACCACCCAUCCCACCCCUCACCCGGACCCGCAGCCUCAUGGCCAUGUCCCUGCAGGGCAGUAGACGGGCCUCUGCUGGAUCCCGCAGUGGGGGCGCUUUGGGCCGCAGCGGCCUGGCAGUGCUCGCCCAGUGUCCGCAGCUGCCCACCAGCCAGAACGAGCACCUGCCCCUUCUUCCCGCCUCCAGGCGCACCUCUCCCCCCGUGAGCAUGCGGGACGCCUACGGCACCUCCUCUCUCAGCGGCAGCAGCACCUCAGGCUCCUGCAAGGGCAGCGAUGGCAGCCCCACGCCCAGGCGCUCCAUGAAGUACAUGCUGUGCAGCGACAACCAUGGCAUCAAGCCGCCCACCCCGGAGCAGUACCUGACCCCGCUGCAGCAGAAGGAGGUGUGCAUCCGGCACCUGAGGGCCAGGCUGAAGGACACGCAGGACCGGCUCCAGGACCGGGACACCGAGAUCGACGACCUGAAGACACAGCUGUCACGCAUGCAGGAGGACUGGAUCGAGGAGGAGUGCCACCGCGUGGAAGCCCAGCUGGCCCUGAAGGAGGCCCGCAAGGAGAUCAAGCAGCUCAAGCAGGUCAUCGACACGGUCAAGAACAACCUGAUUGACAAGGACAAGGGGCUGCAGAAGUACUUCAUGGACAUCAACAUCCAGAACAAGAAGCUGGAGACGCUGCUGCACAGCAUGGAGGUGGCCCAGAAUGGCACGGCCAAGGAGGACGGCGCCGGGGAGUCAGCAGGCGGCUCCCCCGCCCGCUCCCUCACCCGCAGCUCCACCUACACCAAGCUGAGCGACCCGGCCGUCUGCGGGGACCAGCCCCCUGGGGACCACCCUGGCUCCUCCGCUGAGGACGGGGCUGACAGUGGCUUCGCGGCCAAUGAUGACACCAUGAGCCGGACGGAUGUGCUGGAGGCCAGCAGCCUGCUGUCGUCGGGGGUGGACUGUGGCCCCGAGGAGGCCUCGCUGCACAGCUCCUUCAGCCUGGGGCCCCGCUGCCCGGCCAGCAACACCUACGAGAAGCUGCUGUGCGGCAUGGAGGCUGGCGUGCAGGCCAGCUGCAUGCAGGAGCGUGCCAUCCAGACAGACUCGCUGCAGUACCAGCCUGACCUAGACACCAUCCUGGAGAAGGUGACCAAGGCCCAGGUCUGCGGGACGGGUCCCGAGUCAGGGGGCAGGUGCCCGGAGCCGGAUCCCCACCCCCCAGGGCCCAGAGACCCCAACUCAGCGGUGGUGGUGACGGUGGGUGAUGAGGUGGGUGAUGAGCUUGAGGCCCCGGAGCCCAUCACCCGCGGGCCGACCCCACACCGGCCCGGUGCCAACCCCAACCCCAGCCUGUCGGUGAGCGUGGCAUGCCCCGUGGAAGAGGAGGAGGAGGCAGCCGAGCCCAAGAGCUACUGGAGCCGCCACUACAUUGUCGAUCUGCUGGCCGUGGUGGUGCCCGCUGUCCCCACAGUGGCCUGGCUCUGCCGCUCCCAGCGGCGCCAGGGCCAGCCCAUUUACAACAUCAGCUCCCUGCUGCGGGGCUGCUGCACGGUGGCCUUGCACUCCAUCCGCAGGAUCAGCUGCCGCUCGCUGAGCCAGCCGGGCCCCAGCACCGCCAGCGGCUCCCAGCUCUGAGGCCCUUCCUGGCCAGGGGCUCGGGCGGCCUGACCACUGAUGGUAGGGGUGCCGUCCUCCCUCUCGCACAUCCCCGUGGGGCAUCAUCUUACUUAGUUCUGGGUUCGGAAGUGGUGUUUUCUGGAUAUUAACAGUGUGGGGGCUGGGAGCCGGAGCUUGGACAGGAGAGAAGGGAAGAGAGACCAAAGGCAGGGAGGCACGCUGUAGGACCGAGUGCAGGGGAGUCCUCACCCCGGCCCCUCCGCUCGGCCCUUCACAAGGGCGGCCCCUGCUCAGGAAGUCUCUGGUGUACUGAGCUGGAGAGGCUGGACCUCAGUUGCCCACUUCAGUCUCCCCAUCCUCCACCCGCCACAUCCCGUUCAGUUCCCUGAUCACUCCACAUCACCCCUGCCCUCAGCCCGGCGUCUGGACCAGUAUUAUCUCCUCAGGUGCAGGCAGCUGCGACCCAAAGUGCAGGCUCCUGACCCAGGACUCCGAGCAGAGCCUGAACUGCCGGGCCUGGCUGGAGCCCCAGCCCCUCAGACUGCUCCACACUUGGGUGAAAGGUGGAGAUGGGCAAGAGGGGCAGAGGGCAGUGUGGGUUCUGCAUCUGUCAGCCCCAGACCUUCCCUACGGUCCACUUUCCUCCUGACACGUCUGGGCAUCAGAUAAUUCUUCCUGUGAGACCUAAGCCAGACGGCUCGGUGCUGGGGAGGAAUGCUCCCUUCCAGAGUGCCGGCACGAGGAGAGGAGGCGGGCUGGCAGCUCGGGCCCCUCCGGCCUGAGAUGAGGCCCUGUGGUCUGGGAGGCCGGGCUGCACUCAGCAGCCCUCAGCUGGUGUGGACAGCCAAGGCCAUGACGGCCCUGGAGCGCACCCCGACUUUCUCUGGGGCCUCAGGCCCAACUUCUGCUUUGCACUGUGCUCACUCGGGGGCUUGGUUCUCAUAUAUCCGGACCUCCUGAAAGGGGGCUGCUUACUGUCUAGGGUGAGGGUUCCCGGAUCUUAGACUCAUGUGCCUCAGGAGGAAUUACUGCAGGGUGAAUGGCAAGGCAGAACUGAAGCCAUGUUGUCGUCCAAGCCAAAGCAGGUGCCCUGGGUGUUCGUGGGGUGGGGUGAGGGGGAGCCUGCAGACACCCUGCUCCCAGCCUGGGAAGGCUCACUGUCCUCCUUCCAUCCCCAGGACCACAUCAGGGCCCCCAGAAACGCUGCUGACCUUUUAUUACCAUUACUAGUGCCCCGGUACACGGAUUCCUGCACAUUGAAGGGAAAUUAAUUAGAAGGUGGCUGGCGGGGCGGGACUGGGCGAGACAGGCCAGACA